GGGUUGAGCUUCUAAAAGGCACCUCAUGCUCAUCACCACCAUCUUGCUCCUCCGCAUGCUGGUCAGGCAUGUGAACAUCAUCCUUGUAGUCAACCCCCACGGUGUUGUAAUACAGCUUGUCGGCAGGAAACUAUGGGUCAAACAGUGUUUCCUCCAUCAGUCUUCCUGUGUCGAAAGAGACGAACAGACAGUGAGACACAUCAGUGGCUAUGAAGAACAAACCCUCACAGACCAGAAGUAAAUCAAACAACUUAAAAUUUUUGCAGCACUGCACACUGUUGCACAGCCGUUGCUGAAACACACAGAUGAUCAACUGAAUAGUAAGUUAGGACACAUUUCAUGUUAUCGUGAGUAUUUUUACCUGUUUUAACACAGUUAUUACUUUCCAGAGUCUCUAUUCACUGGUUACAGCCUGAAAAAAUCAUAAAAAAACCUGAACACUGAAAAAUAAUUAUUUAGUGACAUUAGCCAUGCUAACUAGCCGGUUAGCUAAUCUUAGCUUUGCUAGUGUUCCUCCUCAGCGUAACUAUUAGUUUACUUUAGUAAACUUUUAGUCAACUUUAAGAACCUGCCUUGUGUCAACAGUUCAGUCUGGUGGAGGUGGUGUAAUAGUGUAUGGAAUAUUUUUUGGGUACACUUUGGGCCCGUUAAUACCAAUCAAUCAUCGUUUGAAUACUACAGCUUAAAUGACUAUUGUUGCUGACCAUGUGCCAUUCCUUCAUGGCCAUAAUUUACCCACCUUCUAAUGGCUACUUCCAGCAUGAUAAUGCACCAUGCCACAGCUAAAGAAAGUCAUCUUAAACUGGUUUCAUGAACAUGAUGAUGCUCAGAAUAAAGCCACCAAGAGUAGGAGAGGUAUACAAUAGGAGCUACAAGACAGGUAGGCCAGGCAAUUGCAUAGGGCCCUGAGUUUUGAUGUGGUGGCUCUGAAGGCUGACACUAAGUCCAUGAAAAUUUUCAAGUGCAGAACUCCCCAAAAUGUCCAAUGGGUAACACACACAAUAUACAGCACUAUUCCAGCAAACCCAAAUCUCACAGUCGAAAUGAAGAAGACUCUCCAGAAGCCAGAGAAGAACAAAGCAGAAUUAACAGUAGUAAGUGUUAUAGAUAAUCUAAUAACAAAAACACCAGACAGCUUUCCCAUAUCAUAUGAUAGCUAGCCCAUGGAAACCACACCUGCUGAUCAUGCCACAUCACAGGGCAGCAUAACACACUUAGAGGAAAGCACUAUCUAUCCCCUUCUGCAUAAACUCUCUGAGAGGAUAGUGUCACUGUGAUUGACAGGGGAGAAAGAUCAUGCCAUCCCUCUGACCCAAAGAGCAUGGCUGUGGCAUCAUCAGGAUUUGAACUUGCAAUCUCACUACAAUAUGGUGAAAGCUUUUCUCGCUCAAAUUGCCUAUGUAAUGUAACAAUGGUUUGUCUUAUAAAUAAUAGUUGAACUAACACUACAUCUAGCACACAGAAUCUAAUAGUGACAUUUUCAUAUAAGAUUGCAAAGGUCUUGGGAGAUCUCUUUGCUUUUAUCCAUCAUGAGAUGUUUCUUGUGUGACACCUUGGUAAAAUGAAAAGCCAUCAAAUUUACUAACCCAGCUGAUAUUAAUUUGCACAGAUAGGGGGUAUAAUUACUUACGGAUUUCAGGUGGUUCCUUGCCUUACCUUGCCUUGGAGAGCUGCUUUUUCUUAAUGUGUUCAGUACUUUUUUCCUGUGUCAUUCCUCUUUAUUACACGUAACUUCAUUUAUGGACUUUAAUGUUUGGAUUUCUUUAUAUUUGUAGAUUUCUUGAGUUAAUACCAAAGUCUGGUGAAAAUUUCAUGUGAAUUGCCUCAUUGGAAAUAUGUUUACUGAAAAAAGAAUGGUGACACGUUCAAUACUUAUUUCCCCCACUGUAAAUACACCGGCAGUCAUCUGAAAUGACUGCCAUUUAGCUCCGAUUUUAUUUUCCUAAUGACAUCACAGGCAGUAAAACCAUGUCAGAACACUGAGGGAAUGUAAAACGUGUAAUUGUAAUUAGUGGUAAAACACAUUCUCAUUGGUGUAAAUGUCUCUUAGAUCAAAUGUCUACCUUACACACCCAAUGUGAAGAUUAAUGACAUGGCACAUAAUGACUAUUUUGACCCAGAAACAUUUUUUGGGUGUGGAUCAUACUUUGUGUAUUCCUAGCAUGUAAUAUAAGGAGGAUGUAGGUAGGUUGUUCUAUUAAUAUAAAGGGCCUUUGUGGUGUGGUGUAACAAGGGAAAUGACAUUAAAUUCUGUUUAACUGAGCUGGGUGUGAAGUGUGACGAGCUCACAUAGAAAGGUACAGUAGCUGUCAAAGAUGGACAUCAAUGGAUACCAACUCUCAUGCUUUUUGCUGCCGGCUCCAUAUUGGGUCUGUUAGAAUUUCCACCUGGUACAGUGGCACUGUAACAAGUUAUAUUUAGACGGCCUCUGCCAGAAAGCUUCAAAUGGGCCGUGGUUGGAUCUUCCAGCAGGAGAAUGAUCCAAAACAUACAUCAAAAUCAACACAAAAAUGGUUUACUGACCACAAAAUCAAGGUCCUGCCAUGUCCAUCCCAGUCCCCUGACUUGAACCCCAUAGAAAACCCGUGAACUGAAGAGGAGAGUCCACCAGCGUUGACCUCGAAAUGUGAAGGAUCUGGAGAGAUUCUGUAUGGAGGAACGGUCUCCGAUCCCUUGCCAUGUAUUCUCCAACCUCAUCAGGCAUUAUAGGAGAAGACUCAGAGCUGUUAUCUUGGCAAAAGGAGCUAGCACAAAGUAUUGACUAAAAGAGUGCCAAUAAUUGUGUGUUAAAUAUUUAACAAUUUUUUUUUUUUUUUAUAAACCUGUAUUGUGUUUGCAGUGUUUGAUUUCCAUGAGUAUUUUUGUGAAUUUUCUGAACAAAAGAAUCAAAAGCUUAAACAAUAAAGACAGUUUUUCACAGCCUUCUUUGCUCAUAUUUACCAAGGGUGCCAAUAUUACUGGAGGGAACUGUAUUAAAAUGUGCAUACAAUGCAGAAAAUAGCUCGAUUGCGCAGUUCAAGCACAUGGCAUCGUGUCCCUAUUUUUAAGCUCCAAACCUCUGUACUCACAGCUUGUCAGGAAACAAAAAAACAGAAGAGAAAGUUUUCUUAGUCUGUGUCGGUGUUGUUUCUAUAUUUUUUUUUACUUCUACACCCUAGAAGGGGACCAUUAGAUUGAGAACUACAUAAAGGCCAAGGUGUGCGUAAAAGAAACCCUGCAACUAAUGGAGCUCACAGAAGAAAUGUCAACGAGCCUACUGAAUUUCAGGAACCUGAGUAAUUCAUCAUGGCAAGGCUGUUCCCGUAAUAACGUCCUGAAGACAACGGUGUUCCCGAUCCUGUAUUCUCUUCUCUUCUUGCUAGGAAUCGUCCUCAACGGCCUAGCGGCAUGGGUGUUUUUCAGCCUCCCCAGUCGCUCACACUUCAUCAUUUACCUAAAGAACAUUGUGGUGGCUGAUGUCCUCAUGACUCUGACGUUUCCAUUUAAAAUCCUGUCUGACUCAAACAUGGCCUCGGUUAGUCUCCGCAUCUUCGUCUGCCGGAUUUCUUCUGUGGUUUUCUACCUUACCAUGUACAUCAGCAUCCUUUUCUUUGGCUUUAUCAGCAUUGACCGCUGUAGAAAGACUCUCUACCCUUUUGUUGGCACCAGUCCUAAAGGACUGACCCACAGGAAGCUCCUUUCAGCUGGUAUCUGGGUGUUCCUGCUGGCACUUUCGCUGCCCAACAUGAUUCUCACGAGCAAGCUACCUAAAUCAGACCACUUUAGCUGCAGUAGCCUGAAAACUGAGCUGGGCUUAAAGUGGCAUGAAGUGGUCAACCAUAUCUGCCAGGUAAUCUUCUGGGGUAAUCUGGUAGCGGUAGUGGUGUGUUAUACACUCAUCACCAAAGAGCUGUUCAAAUCCUUUGCACGGACUCGCGUUCCGAAUACGGCAGCUCAGAGCCAGCAGAGGAAGAAGAAGGUGAGAGCUAACGUGUUCCUCGUUCUCGCAGUGUUCUUCAUAUGCUUUGUGCCGUUUCACUUCGCCCGAGUGCCUUAUACCCUGAGCCAGACCAGGGAACAUCACUUUGACUGCCGCCAGAAACUUAUCUUCUUCCAGGUGAAAGAGAGCACGCUGUGGCUGUCGUCUCUGAACUCUCUUCUAGACCCGCUCAUCUAUUUCUUCCUCUGCACGUCCUUCAGGGACUCGUUGUUCAAGCUCCUACGACUCUCGCCUGGGAGGUGUGGGGCAUUGCAGCACAGUACGGAUACUCCUGCAGAGAGCAACCCCAUGGGAAGCCGCUCAGCACAGAUAUAGUCCAGGGCGUUGUCUGUGACUCUUUUCCUAAUGAUCUUAAAUGUGAAAAAUUGGAGAUCCCAAAGGACCUACAGUAAUGAAAAUGUUGAUGUCUACCUGUAUCUCAGGAGGAAUAGCCAGUUAGACAAUUUAAUCUUUUUAUUUGUCCAUUUGAAAUAUGUUUGUUUUAUCAAAUGCAUAUUUUUCCUUCUGUUACAUUAAAAAGCCACCAAGCUGCAUGUAUAUAUGUAACAGAUUCCUUAAUUUUCAAGAAAAAAAAGAAAUAAACCAAAAUGUUCAC